AUCUGCUCCAGUAGUUUGGCCCAUAACCAGCGUUUUUGAAAUAGCACAUGAUUAGUAACUUGUGGUUCCCCCACGCUGUCCCAGAUGGUGGCCCACUAGCCGACUCACCACCACCACUCGUCGCCGCACCUUUCCUCUUCUCGCCUCCUGCCUCUCUUGCUCUGUACCAAACACCGGCGGCGCGGCCAUCCUCUCCCCGACAAUAUGGUCUCUCUGGAGGCCAGUUCAUGGGUUCCUAAUUGGUCCAGAGGAGGCCACCGGCGGCGAUCUCCCAAUAGAGUCCCAGGCUUCUAUGAGCGGCGCCAAUGGCCAGAUUCGCCCUAGAGGAGAUGCCGGAGACGAAGGCCAGGGAGCGGAUUUAUUUGGCAAUGCCGGCUUCAAUGUGUGCUCGGAGGCUAUGAGCGGCUAGACUAGGAGGGUCCGGAUAGGCAAAGGACCUGAAGUUAGGAAUCUGAAUCCCAACAGGAAAACUGUGCUAGAAUUGUCUGUAAGGGCAUAUGCUGAGAAGCGCAAUGGAAUGGUUGUGAAUCCAACAGUUGGGGCAUCGUUCGACUCGAUUGAUGAGGCGUACGAGUUCUACAAUCUAUAUUCGUGGGAGUGUGGUUUUGGUGUCCACCUUUCGUCGAGCAGGAUGAACGUUGAUAGGAAGAGAUGCAUGCAAGAGAUUGUAUGCGCAUGUGCGGGCAAGCCACUGAAGGAGAACACCAAAUCAGCGAGAUGUGGAUGCACGGCUAUGAUUAGGCUACUUAGAUCUAGUGAUAAUGGCUGGUACAUAUCAGAACAUAAAGAAGAUCAUAAUCACCCAUUGUCUCUGACGUGUGGAGAGAAAAUGCAUUGGAAAUCACAUAGGCAUAUUGACCGGUACGCGAAGGACCUGGUAAAGCAACUACACGACAACAAUGUAGGGCUUCGCAAGGUGUUCAGCAUAGUUGGUAGUUUCUUUGGAUCAGUGGAGAAUGUUUCGUCCACAAAACGCUCUUUGAAAACUCUAUGUUGGAAGCUUAACAAGGAGCAAUCUGAUUUUGAUGCGAUGAAGACGAUAGACAUUUUGUCAGAGAUGAAAGCAAACGACCCUGAUUUCAAUUAUAUAGUUCAGGUAGAUGAUGAGAGUCGGAUUAAAACUUUGAUGUGGGUGACUAGCAGGGGUUGUGAUCAGUAUAGGUGUUUUGGGGAUGUGAUCACGUUUGACAUGACAUACCGGACAAACCUGCAUGACAUGCCAUUUGGCAUGUUUGUCGGAGUAAAUAACGACUUUCAGAGUAUAAUCUUCGGUGGUGUGAUGCUUAGAGAUGAAAAGGAGGACACCUUCAAAUGUGUUUUCAGAGAAUUCAUUCACAUGGUGGGGGGAAGCACCCAAAAACGAUUCUCACAGAUCAGGCUAGAUCAAUGGAAAUUGCUAUUGGAGUUGAGUUACCAAACUCAGUGCACCGGUAGUGUAAAUGGCAUGUUCUGCAGAAGGCUAAAGAGUCGAUGGGGACACUUUGGAGCAAGAAAAGUGAUUUCAAAUUAGAGUUCCAUAAGCUUGUGCACCACAUGAUAACAGAGGAGGAGUUCGAGGCCGGUUGGGAUGAUAUGCUCGAGAAGUAUUCUCUCCGCAAACAUCCUUUCCUGACGCAGGUAUACGAGGUUCGUCAUAAGUGGGCGAAGCCGUACUUUAGAGGCGUGUUCUGUGCAAAAAUGACCAGCACUCAUCGUAGCGAGAGCGCAAACCACCUCCUAAAGGGUUACGUGCCUCCUAGGUGCCCAAUGCAUUUGUUCUUGAGGCAAUUUGAGAAGCUCCAGUUUGACAGAGAGUCUAAGGAGAGCUUCCAGGAGAAAAGAACAUCCCUGAGUGGUGUUACUUUAAAAGUAAAUCUGCCUAUCAAGAGGCAUGCAAGCAAGGUUUACACACAUGCAAUGUUUGAACAGUUUGGUGAAGCAUUGUAUAAGUCAAUUCUUACGUGCUCGAUGAAUUGGAGCCUAGAAGACUAUACAAGUUAACACAUGUCGAUGCAUCUGCAAGAGAGAAGUGGAGCAAAGUUGAAUUCAAGGUGGAAGUCAGUGAAGAUGAAAGCUUCUUCAACUGCGAGUGUGGCACAUUUGAGCACUCUGGCAUGGUUUGUUGCCAUGCAUUACAGGUUAUGAUACACUUCCAUUUGCCACAAAUUCCUCAAAAACACAUACUGAAGCACUGGACCAGGGAUGCCCGUGAUGUGCUUCCGGAGCAUCUGGCUAGGUACCAGAAAGACAAAGGGCCUCCUUCGAGCGACACUUUCAGGCAUCAUGCGAUGUACAUAAAGGCUCUGGAGUGUGUGCAGCUGGGAGAUCGCAAUGUGAAGUGCUACGAGGUUUUCAUGAGCCUUAUGAAUGAUGUUUAUGCUACAUUACUUCUGUUAGGCUUAGAAGCAGAUGUCAUGGGACUUGCCGAGCGUGAGCAGCAGGCCAACAGUGUCGCACCCUAGCUUCAUGAUGAGAACCGUAAGAUCGUUGCAUCUAGGCAAACCACGGAUGGUGCAUCAAGCUGCUCUGGUGUUGCCGUGCCUAACAAGAAGCGGACUGCUGGUCGACCUACCACCAGCAGGGACAAACCUCCUUACGAGCAACAUCUCAAGUGGUCUCGCUUCUGCUCCAUUUGCAGAGUGCAAGGGCACAAGAGCACGACGUGUCCUGAUAGAGGAGAUUUGUCGAAGGAGCCACGGAAAUUGCCAAAAUGUUCAAAAUGUGGAGUUAUGGGACACCGCCGCAAUGUGUGUGGUAAGGACAGGGGGCCUUUCGAACCAAACUUUCUCUAGAUACAUGAACUUGAUAUUCUCGAUUCGUUUCAAAAAGGACCGAUCAUCUGGGAGAACCUUAUUUGUUGUCCUAUGUUUAAUCAUUUGUUUGUCUCUAUACUCCUGGUGUGCUGCCAAAACCAAAUUCCUUGGGAGUCAUCCUGUAUGCUGUCUGAAUUAGCCUAUCAUUUUGCGAGGAAUUUGGUUUGAUUUUCUA